AUGGCCGCACGAUCCGCAGCCCUCAAGCUCGACUGGGCCAAGGUCCAGUCCUCCCUCGGCCUGCGCGGCCAGACGGUGGCCUCGCUCCAGGCCUUCAAGUCGCGCAACGACAACGUGCGGCGCAAGGUGCAGCAGCUGUCGGAGCUGCCCACGACAGUGGACUUUGCCGCAUACCGGUCGACCCUCAAGAACCAGGCGGUCGUCGACGAGAUUGAGAAGCGCUUCAAGGCCUUCAAGCCCGCCGUCUACGACGUCAGCCGCCAGCUGAAGGCCAUUGACGCCUUUGAGUCCGAGGCCAUCAAGAACGCCGAGGCCACCAAGGAGAAGGUCGACCUGGAGCUCAAGGACCUCGAGAAGACGCUGCAGAACAUCGAGCAGGCACGGAGCUUCGAGGAGCUCACUGUGGACGAGGUUGCUGCUGCUGAGCCCUCCAUCGAUGAGAAGACCUCCAAGCUGGUGUCCAAGGGCCGCUGGGGCGUCCCAGGAUACAAGGAAAAAUUCGGCGAUCUCUCCGUGCUGUAG